UUUUUGAUUCCAUCAUCUUCUGCGAAAUUUCAGUUUCCAUUUCAUCAUCCUUUGCAACACGACACAAAACAGAUACAAGUGUUUCUCUCUGUCCACGUCAUCACCAACUGUUUCUCUUUUGGUCUCUGCAAUUUCUUCAUCUUUUUUGUGAGAAGAAACCAAAAUGCUGGUUCGAAGAAGAGUGAUGAGUUGGAGAAGGGUAGCCAAAUCCCUUCAAGCUAUGUUAGCUCAUGCCUUUCUUUUCUCCUUCACUCUUCUCCUUGUUCUCAAACUUGACCGUUUCUUCAUUUUUUCAUGGUGGACCGUGUUUUUGCCUCUUUGGUUGUUUCAUGUGGUUGUAGCACGAGGCAGGUUUUCCAUGCCUGCUCCUUCAAUGCCUCAUGGUCGCCAAUGGGCACCUUGUCAUUCAGUUAUAGCAACACCAUUACUUGUGGCAUUUGAGCUUCUUCUGUGUAUACAUCUUGGUAGCAGUUAUGUGGUGAAUUUGAAGAUUGUAUUCAUACCUCUUAUAGCUUUCGAAUUGGUGAUUUUGAUCGAUAACAUUAGGAUGUGUAGGGCUUUGAUGCCUGGAGAUGAGGAAAAUAUAUCGCAUAAUUCUGUUUUCCAGCAUUUCUGGAUUUCGAUAUCCAUGGUCUUCUUUAUUGCUGCCACAGUGUUCACCCUUCUAAAGAUAUGUGGUGAUGUUGCCGCUCUUGGAUGGUGGGACUUGUUUAUAAACUAUGGUAUCGCACAGUGCUUUGCGUUUCUCGUAUGUACAAAGUGGCACAAUCCUACAAUUCAUGGAAACGGUCACAUUACAGAACCAUGUUCAUCGUCAAAUACCAUAAGAUAUUUGGAAUGGAGUAGAGAAGGUAUAGUUAUUUCUACCGAUGAAGAUGGGGAGCAAAAUGCGUUUUGCAGUCUGCAGGACAUAGGCGGACAUAUAAUGAAAAUUCCAUUCAUUGCUUUCCAAAUGCUACUUUUUAUGCAUUUAGAGGGAACACCAUCGGGUGCAAAAGAUAUACCCAUUUGGGUAAUUUUUUCUCCGCUUUUACUGUUGCAAGGAGCUGGAGUAUUAUUUGCAGCAUAUAGAUUAAUAGAGAAGAUUGUUCUUUUACUCCAUCAUGGGGAUCUUCCUAGGAGCUACUCAUCUAUAGCAUCAAAAUCCCGUGACUGCUUUGGGUUUUUUCAUCAUGGAUCAAGGUUGUUAGGUUGGUGGUCAAUAGAUGAAGGAAGUAGAGAGGAAGAAGCUAGACUUUUCUGUGCCGGGAGUUCUGGGUAUAAUACUUUCUCUCCCGAUACCGUGAAGAAAAUGCCUAGAGGGGAACUUAUUGAGGAGAUUUGGAGACUUCAAGCUGCACUUGGUGAGCAGACAGAAGUUACAAAAUAUAGCCAGGAGGAAUAUGAAAAACUUCAAAAUGAGAAGAUCUUAUGUAGAGUUUGCUUUGAAGAACAGAUUAAUGUCGUCCUACUUCCCUGCAAGCAUCACAUUCUAAUCAAUGACACAAGAAGGCUUCUAAUCAAUGACACACCCAUAUUUCAAAUGACAUUUUGACGGUAGAUACAAUACAACCUGCAAAUUAGACUCUAAAAUAUUCGUUUUGGGCCAAAAGUAGACAAAAGAUAAAAAUUCAAGAACUUCAGAAAAACAAUAGAAAGGUACAUAAAUACACACAUCAUCUUCUAAUGCAAUACAAAUAGCCUCAAGGAAUGCCUCCAACACUUUGUUUUCCGGCUGCUGCUUUAGAACUUUCAGGUUUCUACGGGAUUUGAUCUUCUAACGCUUUAAAUCUAGCUUUAUAUAUAAGUUUGUACUUAGCAAAUUGAUCUUUGUACUUAUCAAACUCAACUUUCUGCUUUUCAAUUGCAGCUUCCAGCUUUGGAAUUUUAGCUUUCAGCUUUGGAAUUUUAGCUUUCAGCUUUGGAAUUUCAGUUUCCAGCUUUCGAAUUUCAGCUUGCAGCUUUCUAAUUUCAGUUUUUAGCUUUCGAAUUUCAGCUUGCAGCUUUCAGCUUUCAGCAUUUUAAUUUCAGCAGCUUUCUUCUUACGAACUUCAGCUAUGAGCUCUUGAAUAUCAAGAGCUUUCUGCCUUCGAACAACAACAGCUUUCUUCCUCCUCACUUCAAUUUCCUUCCUCCGAACUUCAUCUUCCUUCAUCCGAACUUCAGCUUCCUUCUCCUUAAUUUGAGCAUCCUUGUUUUGACUUUCAGCUUCCUUCUCCUUAAUUUCAGCAUCCAUCUUUAGUCUUUUAGCUUUCAGCCUCCUCCGAACUUCAUCUUCCUUCAUCCGAACUUCAGCUGCCUUCUCCUUAAUUUGAGCAUCCUUGUUUUGACUUUCAGCUUCCUUCUCCUUAAUUUCAGCAUCCAUCUUUAGUCUUUCAGCUUUCAGCCUUAAACUGAGAAGGAAAUUGAAGUGAGGAGGAAGAAAGCUGCUGUUGUUCGAAGGCAGAAAGCUCUUGAUAUUCAAGAGCUCAGAGCUGAAGUUCGUAAGCAGAAAGCUGCUGAAAUUAAAAUGCUGAAAUUAGAAAGCUGCAAGCUGAAAUUCGAAAGCUGAAAACUGAAAUUAGAAAGCUGCAAGCUGAAAUUCGAAAGCUGGAAACUGAAAUUCCAAAGCUGAAAGCUAAAAUUCCAAAGCUGAAAGCUAAAAUUCCAAAGCUGGAAGCUGCAAUUGAAAAGCAGAAAGUUGAGUUUGAUAAGUACAAAGAUCAAUUUGCCAAGUACAAACUUAUAUAUGAAGCUAGAUUUAAAGCGUUAGAAGAUCAAAUCCCGUAGAAAGCUGAAAGUUCUAAAGCAGCAGCCGGAAAACAAAGUGUUGGAGGCAUUCCUUGAGGCUAUUUGUAUUGCAUUAGAAGAUGAUGUGUGUAUUUAUGUACCUUUCUAUUGUUUUUCUGAAGUUCUUGAAUUUUUAUCUUUUGUCUACUUUUGGCCCAAAUCGAAUAUUUUAGAGUCUAAUUUGCAGGCUGUAUUGUAUCUACCGUCAAAAUGUCAUUUGAAAUAUGGGUGUGUCAUUGAUUAGAAGCCUUCUUGUGCCAUGUUUUCCUUUGGCCAAGUUAUAUUUAACCAUA